AUGUCGAGCCACAGUGACAUGAGCUCGGUCAUCUCCUUCGCUCGACAGCCUGCUUCCACCAGGAAGCAGAGCAUCGAGGUCAAGAUCAACGACCACUACAGCUCCAAGGUCUACACCUCGGGUAACCCCAUUUCUGGAGAGGUCACAAUCACGCCCAGCCAUGACAGCCGAUUCGAUUUUGUUCAGAUCAUCCUGAUCGGCAUCUCGAGGACUCGCCUUGACGCCGUUCAGAUUCCUCAGCUCUCUUCUCACACCUUUCUGAAGCUCGAGAUGCCCAUUCCCGCUUCCGCCUACCCCGUACCCCGGAUUUUCGAGGCCGGCAGGGCUUACACCAUUCCCUUCAACUUCGUCAUUCCCCACCAACUGACAAUGAGUGCUUGCACUCACAAGGCUCAGUACGAUUACAUCCAAGACUACCACAUGCGUCUGCCCCCGACCAUGGGCGGCUGGGAGAGGGAUGACAUGGCCCCCGAUAUGGCCCAGGUCCAGUAUGUCAUCAAGGCCCGCGUUGUGCGACAGGACGAGCUCGGCGGAAAGCCGAUCAAGGUCAUGGAGGACACCCACCACAUCAAAGUCCUCCCUCGAUCCCCCGAGGACCCGCCUCUGAACAUCACCAAGCAGGACAAGAACUACGCCCUCAACAAGACAAAGACCAUUCGCAAGAACAUCUUUUCCUCCAAGCAGGGCACUGUCACAGCCGCAACCGCUCAGCCUGGUGCUGUCUACCUGACUGCCGACGGCCGCGGAGCCUCCGAGGGCUCAGUCUUGGUCAACCUCAACUUUGAGCCUACCUCUGCCGAUAUCCUGCCUCCCAAGGUCAGCACCGUCUCGGCCAAGAUCCAAGCUCAGACCUGGUAUGGCGCAACGCCCAUGUCGUCGCUCCCCAACAUGGGGAACAGCCAAGAGGCAUAUGCCAUGACCCAGCAGCUCGCAUACCAAACCUCCGUUUCCCUCUUCUCCACAUCGGUUGACAAGGUUGCUUGGCGCCAGCAACUGGCCUCCACCGCCCGCCGUGAUUCCGGAUACUCCAGCGAUGGCAUGCGUGAAGGCAGCCCCUCCGACUCGGACAGCCAGCGUCAGAGCAACAGCCGCCGCUCGAGCAAGGACCGCUCCUCUCCCAUCUUUCACAAGGCCGCUCUCCAGAUUCCUUUCAAGCUGCCCACAGCCCGAAAGACCUUUAUCCCGACCUUCCACGCCUGCCUAAUCUCCCGCACCUACACGCUGCAGUUGACCAUCGUCGUUGGCGAUUCCAAGAUCAACUUGAACAUCCCUCUGCAAGUCGCCCUCGAGCCGCCCAUGCAGCUCGAUUCGCUCGACAUGGGCCUUCCCACCUUCGAAGCCGUGAUGGCACAGCAAGAGGAGGCGGAAGCGGACGCUUUCCUCCAGCCGAGAUUGUUGCAGCAACCCGCACCCGAAUUCCAGGGUACUUCCGUGCUGCCUAGCUACGGCGAUUUGUCUGCAAGGCGAGGCGAGGUCUCCGCUGCUUGA